AUGUUUGCACAACUGGCCAAGGACUUCCUUCCGGUGCUGGCGAUCACCGGGAGCUGUGCAAACUCAGGCGCCUUUGCCAGCACUUUGGCGGAGAAGGUGAGCCAGGAGUUUGGACUGGCGGUGAUCAAGCCAUCCGAGGUGCUCAAGGAAUGCAUCGCCCUCACAGAGAAGCCGGAGGACCCGGAGUGGCCGCCCCUGGCACGGCUGCGGCAGCUGGGGAAGGAGCUCGCCGGCGAAGCUCCGGCGCCGCAGCAGCUGGCGGAGAUGCUCUUCCGGAAGAUCGAGGCGCGCGAGGUGACAUCCUGGCGGCCCGCUGGUGCAGCUCUUCGAGCCGCAGUGCUGUUGCGCCUCUACAGCAACCUCUUCAUCGAGGACCCAGGGAGCGGCGAUGGCGCCAAUCCCCAGCAGGCUGAGCUCUUCGAGGAGUACGUGGAGCGCGCAUGGGAUCUCUGGCACGGUCGAGAUGGCCAAGAUUCGCUCCAGAUGAGCACGGUCCAUCUCCGAGGUGGUCUCUCCGGCCAUGCCUAUGAGGCCGUGAGGAAGCUGGAGCGCGCGAGGCUCAAGACCAAGGACAAAGAUGGAAAACCCCUGGAGGAGGGCAUGGAGCUGUUCCUCACCACGCUCAAGGAAGCCAUCGCAGCCGAAGUUCCGGUGAAGGCCAACGAGUUGUUCCUGAUGGCCUUCUACAGCCCGCAUGUUUGGAGGCGACCUCACGAAAGCAUGCAGCAGUACAUCAUCAGGCGCGAGCAGGACUUCAAGCGGCUGGAGGACCACGCCCCAGGCACCCAGGUUUCCGACAACCUCAGAUCCAUGAUGCUCCUCAUCUUCGGAGGUCUGGAUCACCGAGAGCAGCUGUCCGUUUUGAGCUCCGUGAACAAUGAGUACGACUGCAAGAAGAUCGCCCACGCGAUGCGCAUCCAGUUCCCCAGCAUUGCCGGCAAGCCAGUCCAUAGGCGUGACUAUCUUGGUGCUGGUCGGCAAGCCCCUGCAGCUCAUGGUCACCAGGCACCACGCUUUCGGUGGAAGCCGACCCGAGGCAAGCAGGUGCUCUCCGUCACUGAGGAGCCGGAUGAAGACUUCGAGAACAUCGACGAGGGCGAUGAGGCGUACUACGAGGACCCCCAGGACACCUUCGAGGUCACGGAUCAGGACUACUCCUACUCCGAGGACGAAGGCCUGGACACCUUGAUGGCGGAGAUGUUCCCCGACAACGACUUCGAGGACGCAGAUGCCGCCGAGGUCCUCGCCACCAUUGCCCAGAUGCGGAAGAAGGGAAAAGGCAAAAGCAAAGGCCGCAGUAAAGGCAGCGGCAAGUCGACUUCAUCGCCUACGGGACCAUCCGGGAUUCCCUUCAGGGCAUCUGGUGAGAUGACCUUCGAUCAGAAGGCAAAGGAACAACGGCGGUCUGCCGUGAAGUUUUUCAAGACGAUCACCCCAUGCACCUCAUGCGGCCAGAAGGGUCACUGGCAGGGUGAUCAGGAGUGCCCUAACGCCAAGAAGGGCAAAGGCAGCGCCAAGAGAGCUGCCGUCAAGCCGCCAGGCAGGAAGCCACCUCAGAUCUUCGUGCUGCACGAGAUGGAUGACUACGGUGGCCUCUGCGAGCACAGCAUCUGUGCCGGCGGGCUUGAGAAGAAGUUCCACCGUGGGGCGAAUGGUCACGCGCGGUACAUCACCUGCAAGGAGUCCGAAUGCAACCGCAACGUGUUGAACGUCAAUCGCCGUGAACCUGCACAGCUCUGGAGGUACCUCGUCACUAUCGCCAUGGGCACCAAGUGGGGUACCAACGCCAGGUCCAGAGAGCAGUUCAACCGCAUGACCAACGUCAAGCUCCUCGCCUUGGAGGACAAGUCCCCGGAGAAGCAGAAGCAUAGCCCUUAUCCAGCAGCACCAAGCACUCCAACUACAAAGUGCUCACCAUCCGGUCGCCCCGGAUCACCGGAGUGGGAGUACAUCGACACAGGAAGCGAACCUUCCUCAGCAAAGCCUCCCCCCGCGCCAAGGAUGGCCCGCAUCAUGCGACCCACGGGCCAACAGUGCUGGCUCUACGGGGUUCACCUGGUUCCUGGUAGCCUGCCUCCGGACUUCCCGCUCCUGUCGCCCGAAGACAUGGAUGUACUUCAACCUCUUCCGGGAGACGCUACCCACAUUGUCGGCGGUCCCUACCAUGGCUAUGCCUACCUCCAGGUGGCUGAGUCCCCCGACUGCAACCAGUACUGUGCCUACGUCAUCAAGAGAGCGCUGGACAACAAGCCCAUGACGCCCGACACGUUCCGCUUCGCCUUCUACCUGUACGGCAGGAUCAUCUUGGUCUACAACUCAGGCAUGAAACGCCUUGGUGGCCCUAUGCUUAAGCGCCAGCAGGUCCACCCGGCCAUGGAUGUCGACCGCCUCAUCAAGGUCCCCAUCCAGAUGAAUCCUGAUGAUCAUCAACCGCAAGUACACGAGUGCGAGGCGAUGAUGGCCAAUAGCUCAGACUCCGACCCAGAGGUCAUGGUCACUAUGGCAGACCCCCCUGGCCUGGCUAUCCUGGAUAGCGGCUGCUCCAGGACUAUGCACGGCCGUGGAUGGGCUGAGGAGUUCGAGAAAGCGCUGACCGACCUCGGCCUGACCUUCGACACCAAGGCCAAGGAUCAGUCCUUCAAGGGCAUCGGGGGCCACAUCAAGAGCACCGAGAUCAAGAUCUAUCCCAUCGGGAUCGGUGGAAGGCAUGGUCAGCUCCACACAGCCGAGACCCCAGACAUGUCGCCACUACUUCUGUCCAGACCCUUCAUGAAGAAGCUCGGCACGAUCAUGGACAUGGAGCACGAGACCGUGAGCUUCACACAGCUGGGCCUCGAGGACAUUCCCAUGAUCCGCACCUCUCGUGGUCACCUUGCUAUCAACCUCCUGGACUUCGACAUGGAUAACCUCGACAUGUUCCACAUCGAGGAGGCUUUGGUUUCCUCGCCAACGGAGCCACCUACAAGCCCAAAGGACGACCACUUCGCUGACCUUCCGUACACCACGACGGUUGAGGACAUCGCCUACGGCAAGGUCUACGACGACCCACAUGACUUCGAGGUUUUCACUCAAGAUGAGCCCGGCGUCACGCGGAAGCUCACCAACAAGAAGAACAAAAAGAUUGCGGCCCAAGAGUUAGCCUUGGAUGGUGAUGACUGGUCCCGGCAGCAGACGCUCCAGAACGACCGUCUCACCCGUAAGCCACGCAAGCCUCCGUACGGCAAGACAUGGCUGAAGCAGAUCUGCGCCGGCCAGAUGGGCCUCACCUUGCUCGCCGUUACCCUCGGCAUGAUGGAUCUCAAGGUGGAGGACCCCUACGUUCUGGUCAUCACACAGCCAUGUGGUCCGUUGGGCGCGUGGGGCCGCUUCAAUUUAGCCAAAGGCGGCAACGCCGAAACUGUGACAGCCCUCAGAGAAGAAGGCCGCAAGGUCCUGAAGCUGGUGGCCAAGGCUGUGGUAUGGAGACUUCAAGCCAAGCGCCACGUCUUCAUCGAGCAGCCCCUCGGGUCCCAGUCGUUGGACGAGCCCGAGAUGAAGCCCGUCAAGGACUAUGUCGAUAGCGGCCAACUCAUCUACAUCAAGGUAGAUGGAUGCAUGAUGGGUUACAAGGACGCCGUCUCCGGCUACCCGCAUAAGAAGCCCUCGUAUUACCUCACGGACAUGAUCACCGCGCAGAGCAUCUUCGCACAUGCCGUAUGCCUCACCCCGAACAAGGUGGAGUUCCGAAGCGAAGGUCAAGCGGAUGAGCUACGGCCGGUCCUAAGCAUGACAGAGUCGGAAAGACGCAAGUGCUGGCUCCAGAUCGACCCGGACCUCCGCAAAACUCUCAGAGACCUCCACGCCGUGGACUACAUGCCCUCUGACGCUUGUGGUGAUAGCGUCCGCAAGAAGAGGCCCAAACCGGUCAGACUCCCUUCCGCCUACAAGUUCAACCACCACAUCCUGGUAGACGUGUUCCACGCCUAUGACAUCAUGAACAACCAGUACGGGUUCCUCAACAUGAUCGAUGACGGGACCAACUUCCAGGUUGUCUCCUGUCUUGGCCAAUCGAGAGGUCCGCCCGCCUCACAGGCCAUUCUGCGACAUUUCCUGUCUACGUGGAGCUCAUGGGCGGGACUUCCGAGAAGCCUACAAUGUGAUCGAGGCAAAGAAUUCCUUGCCGACUUCAGCAACUACCUCAAGCAGUAUGGAGUUGAGGUGGAGGCCAUGCCACUGGAGUCUCCCUGGAAGAAUGGGAAGGUCGAGAAGGCCGGUGGUCUGUGGAAGAACAUCUUCGCGAAGACCGUCUCGGAGAUGCAAAUCACCGGGUUGCAGGACAUUCAGACCGCCACGAGCAUCGUCACUCAGGUCCGCAACGACUUUCCCCGGGAGAACGGCUACAGCCCGAACCAGUGGGUUCUCGGUGGCCAUGAGAUGGCAGCCUCCUCAGCGACUAUGAAUCUCAGCGCUUGGAGGUGCUCAAGGCCGCCGACAACCCGCAGAGCGCGAUGGCUAAGAACCUCAACAUCCCGGAAGCUGCGCGGGUCGCUCAAAUACGCCUGGACACAGAUGCACGUAUCCGACGGGCCCUACUACAUCAAUCUACGCCCAGCAGAGGACCCUUCCCUGUCGGAGCCUACGUGUACUUCCACCGCCAACAAGUUCGCCCAGGACAAACCGGCGACCGCAGUCAGCGGUGGCAUGUGGCAUGGGCCUGCCCGUGUGAUUGGGAUAGAGCCCCGGAAUCCGCAUCGACUUGAAGAUCCUGAAGAGAUGACGGACGGAGCAGCACCACAUAGCUUCUGGCUUCGCUAUGGUUCCUCGGUCGUCCUCACCUCGGGAGAGCAGAUGCGCUUCGCGAAUGAGGACGAGCUACUGGCAGCCCAGGAGAUCCAGACCGAGGAGAGCAUCCGCGGUACGGGAUGCCCGAUCCGCGUUACCGGCCUCCGGGACUACCGCCUGACCAACGUGAACUACGUGGUUCCCCUGGAUGGAGAUGGUGACCAAGGCGAGAUCCAUGACGACUGUCUCCUCCCGCACUACCAGCAACGGAUCUACCUGCCAUUGGUCCACCUGCGAACCAACAACCACCAGUCCCUCAAGCACUACCACCAGACGUUGAUGGUCAGCAUCCAAUGGCGCAAUAUGAGCCUGAACCUGCCCCGACCAUGUCAGUACCACCGACGCCUCCGGGAGAACUACUACACGCAAUCCGGGACCCCGACCUUUUGGAUGGUGUUCCUGGAGCAGUCCGCACUCAGCGUCAUCGCCCUCCAGUUCCUGGUCCUUACGUCGUCGAGGAUGAGGACGGGCAUUACCCUGAUGCGUUCCGACGGCAGCUCAACUGCGGAGGAGGAGGACCAAGACCAGAACAUUCCCACCAACUUCAUGGUGGAGGAAACCAUGCUCACCGGCAAGGCCGUUCGCUCCGAGACGAACCUCAAGGACUUAGACCCGGAGGACCGCGCCCUCUACGAUGUGAGCAUGGGCGAUGAGUGGCAGUCAUGGACAAAGUUUGAGGCUGUGGACAUCCUCACGGAGAAGCAGAAGGACAACCUGGACCCCGACAUCAAGAUCGUCGGGACCAGAUGGGUCCAUACGGACAAGAACAGAAAGGCCAGACUUCUGGCCCUGCGUGCUGCGCGGAAGACCGGCAAAUCAAGGUCGCAGAUCAAGAAGGAUGACAUCGGCAUCCGCAGUGACAGCCCCACGGCAUCACUCCUCGCCUUCAACUUGGUCUGCGCCGUGGCAGUGAUUCAGAAGUGGUUCGUGUUGGCCGCAGAUGCAUCAACGGCCUACUUGCAGUCGCAGGGGAUUGAUCGGGUACUCAUUUUGAGACCUCCUCGACCUCCACCGCCAGGUGUCAGUCCCCACGACCUCAUGCGCGCCCGCGGCUCCAUCUACGGCACGAAGGAUGCAGGGCGAGCUUGGUGGAAGAAGUUGAUACGUUCGCUAAGCGCUCAAGGAUGGCGCCGAUCUCGCAUUGAGUCAGCUCUCCUUUUUCUCUACGUUGAGAACUCCCUCCAGGGCAUCAUGAUCACCCACGUGGACGACCUGUUCGCGGCCGGCGAGGGAAAGGCCUAUGAUGAAUCCCUCAAGGUUCUGGAGAAAGAGCUGCACCUCACCAUCAAGCGCGGCAACUUCAGGUUCUGUGGAAAGGACCUCGUCCAGCACCCCGAUUACAAGAUCGAACUCAUCCAGAAGGAGGCCAUUGGCACCAUCGAGUACCAGGUGUUGGACAAGCACCGCCGCAUCGUGCCCAACUCCCCGUUGUCUAAGGAGGGGAUCAGCCAGUUCCGUGCCUUGAUCGGUUCCAUGGGUUGGGUGACUCGCCAAACGCGCCCAGACCUCAUGGUGAAUGUCAGCAUGGCCAGCCAAUCAAUGAGCAGGCCACGCGUGCGAGAUGUGAUAGAAUUGAAUAAAGCCUUGAAGAUGCUCAAGGACACCGCGGACGCCAAGAUGUGCUUCUGCCCCAACGACCAGCUGACCCUCUCCGAUACGAUCGUCUUCGUCUGUGCGGACAGCAGCCAUGCCAACGCAGAGACCAAAGCCGGAGAGAAGGUCAAGUCACAAUGUGGCUAUGUCGUCGGCCUCGCCCACAAGGACCUAGCCACGGACAAGGAGGUUCCCGUGCUCCUCCUUGGAGCACAAGCAAGUGCAAUUGAGAGAGUGUGCAGAAGCACACUUGCGGCGGAGUCGAAUGCCUUCCUCAUGGGAGCUGAGGCAGCCGACUACGUCAGGUCCUUGCUCAUGGAGAUGCUGCACCCAGAUGAGAAGCUCAUCAACCUGGAGAGUGAGUACGUCAAGCGGAUGCUCCUCGUGCUCACCGAUGCCAAGAGCCUAGAGAGCACCAUCGUCAAGGACGCCGGCCAGCCCACAGAGAAACGCGUCAAGGUUUUGGUUGCCCAGAUCAAGCAGCUGCUGGGCUUCGAUGGAUUUGAGGGUGACAACGCCAUGGUCAAGUGGCUGGACACCUCUCAGAUGCUGGCGGACGUCCUCACCAAGGUUGGAUGUGAAAGAGAGCUGAUGCUCUCGGUUUUGGAUCAAGGCAUCUGGGGCAUGACGCCUUCGCUGCUUGCCACCGCAAAGAAGGCGAGCAUUCGAGAGGGCCGACACCGCCGAGCAGAACAAGCACGCCAAGAGAAAGCAGAACAUGCAGCGGCUGAGGACGGGUGA